AAGUCGUAAACAUUCAAGAAAAUUUCACGCUUCACGCUCUCUCGAAUAAAGAUGUCUUUAGUUACAGACUUAUAAUAAAACCGUAAAGUAAAUGAAUGACUCAAGCAAGACAAAAGCACACAGAAAGAUAUCUUCUGAACAAUUGGUAAUUACUUCUAAUCUUACCACUUCUAACAAUACUCAGAGUACACUAUUGGGUCUACAAAACAGAGUAGAACAAAAUCAAGACAUCGGAUUGUAGAUUAACGGCACGGUAGAGUGAGCAACUUUAUAGGGCCUACUUCAUCUAAAGAGAGGAAAUUCGCAUAUUAUUCAGGUACAAUCUAUUGACCGCCUGCGUUGCUGAUUAUUCAUCUUUAUCGUCAUAACCGCUUAGACAAACAGUAGUAAAAAUUUGUUGUGUCGAAAUUGCUGUUUUCUUGAAGAAAAUCACGAAACCAUUGAGACUGGUGCUGGUAGGGUCCCCUUCGUUGGUUGGCACUUCGUCGUGUGGUAUGGUGUGUGUACUGAAAGUGUUCGGAUAUCAAGCUGUUGCAUCAAUUACAUUUUUAGUGCUUGAAUAACAAUACAAUCCAUUUUAAGCAAGUUAACUGGCAGCAGUAGUAGAGGUUUCACACGUUUUAAGGAAGAAGAGAAGUGAUCAAGAAGGAGAAUCAUGAAUACUGCCUCAUUCGUAUGCCUAAUUUCCUUUUCUGGUUGCUUGAGUUUACAGGAACACAUAAACAUGCAAAUUCAGAAGUAGGUGUUUUUUUUCCUAUCAGAAGACCAAUAAGAUCUUCUCUUGCAGGUUUACUAUAGGUCUCAGUAAACAAGGAGUUUAUUUUGAUGGGAAUGUUUGUUCAAUGACCAACUCAAGAUUAAUCCUUUAAUACUUUGGUGUUUUGAUUGUAGCAGCAGGUAUGGCCAUCACAGUGUAAUAGUCAUCCAUAGUGAUCUUCAUUUGAAAACAACCUAUCACUAAUUAUUGAUCUUUUAAAGUCUCUUGCAAAAAAAUGUUUAAUUUCAAAAAAUGUGAUCAGCUUGGUCAUUACAAUGAGCUUAUCUGUGGGAUUUAAGCCCCUCUCACCUCUCCAGGAGGAAGAAGAGGAAGUGGAGGAAGGUUUGAUAUCUCUUGCGGAAUUGUUGCACCUCCAUAAUGGAUGUCUCUUUGAAUCUGAACUGUGGGCAGUAUGCAGAGAGAGUGUUAUAUCACUGAAGUCCAUUAAACAUAAUGAUUUGUACACAACAUUAUGUGUGUGCCCAGAAACUAUUGCAUUCAACACACAGGGCAAGAUUUGUUACUUGAAAAAAGAUUCUGAUGACAGUGAAUACUUGCCACCUGAAUAUAACUCAUGUGGUCCAACUUUUGAGGGCCACCUGUAUUCACUAGCACGCUGUCUACUUGAAGCAGCAGAAUUCAAUUUACCAGCAGAUCUUCAAGUUGAAAUCAGUAAUGGGCUUUUUGGAUUGAUCACAUUGAUGUCACUAGAUGAUCCUUCAAGGAGACCAUCAUAUGAAGAGAUAAUUGCCGCAUGUUUGAAUAAUCUUGGAGAAGAAUCUUCACAAACAAUCUGCAGAAAUUUGUCAUCAAUUGGGAGAAGCAUUGUUAACCUGAAACCAAUAGAAACUAAUGCACAGGAGAGAGGCAUCGGAGAAGGAGAGGAGCAGUCGAGACCAGUGGCCGAUGGACGAAGUGGCACAGAUGAUAUAAGACUAAAUGCAGAAAUAUUUAAAAACCUUUCACAGCAUCAAAUUCAACAACCUGGUGGAAUAAAAAAAUAUGAAGAAAUUUCAAUGGAAUUUACAGACACAAAUCAGGAAGGAGCUGAUUCAAACAAUUUGAUUAUAGAUUUAGAACUUACAAAAGACAGUUCUACACCAAACAAAAUGUCUUCUGGUUGGGACAAAGAAGGUUCACAGAAUGGCAGCACAUUUGAUAACCUUUCUCAAAGGGCUCAGGAAAUUCUAAAAAAGAUCUAUUCAGGUACAGAUGUCUUGAGAGAUUCAAUCACAAAUGUUAGUGUUGAAGAGACAUCAGGGACAGAAACCCCUACUGAGGCAACAGAAGUUUCACAAGAGGACACAUCUGUACACAGAGAUAUUUUAGAUCAAUCUCAAUGGAAACUUCCUAACAAAAUCACAGGUUCAUUGUUAAAUGGAACUAAAAAACCUUCAAAAGAUGGAAGAAGAAACAGUGACACAUCUUUCCGUGGAGUAUACCACAGUAGUGGAAGUUCUUUAAUUCCAAAUAAAAUAGGAAAAGCAAAACAUUAUGAAGGAGAGAAACCUGGGUGGAAGGAUCAUUCUGUAACUGAACAAAUCAAUUUACAAGUAGAUAACACAAAACAAAAAUUAGAGGAGAAUAAUAAUUUACUUGAAAGUGCAAGCAAGUGUUUGCCUAUCACACCACGAUAUAAACGGACAUAUCUGAGCCAAGGUAGCAUUCCGGAAGAGGAAGAGAAACCCACUGAUUUAAAGCCUGGUAGUCGCAAAGUGUCAUCAUGUUCUGAAGGAAAGGAUUCAGAUGACUUCCUUUUGAAUGAUCCAUGGUCAUCUUCUGAAUCCGACUUGGUAAGUCCAAUUGACUUCCAAAGAACUGUGCGUUCACAUAGUAUUGCUACAUUAAAUACCUUUAAUUACAGACAGUCUGCUUUUGAAAUGUUGCAAAGAAAAAAUAGUGAGACUUUAAAUACAUCAUUGAAAAAUGUUGAUAAGACUGCCAUUAAUCAUGAUUCACUUACAUCAGAAGACAAUUCAGCAUUUAUGCAGACACAUUUCAACACCAAGAGAAAGAGUAUUGGAAAUUCCAAAGAAAAGUAUUUGAUGCAUCCAGCAAAAUCUUCUGAAUGUACUAGGAGAGCUAGUCUUUCAGUUCUGCCAAGUGCCUAUUCUUCUAAAGCAACACAUUUUACUCCUAUUGUUAUUUCCUCAGAUAAGUCUGCUACUAAAGUAAGCAGUAAAGAGGACAUUUCACCAGUCAAUAGUGUCAAGUUAAAAGCCAAAAUUGCAAUGGAAGCAAUUAAAAAAGGUCCUCAGGUUCCAAAGAAAAUUCCACCCCCAAUUACAAUGGUGACUGAUUUGGAAAAGGAUGCAGCAAGUGAAGACGUUAGCAAUUCCCCUGUCAGUGUGUCUUUAGAAGUUUCAAAUAAUGUGAAGAAACAACCAAUGUCAAUAUCUACAGAUACAACUUCCAAGACAAGUCUUGACAGCAGAAGAUGGUCUCUACCAGAUGCUCAGCAAAACAUCUUGAGAAAACAACUUGAAUCAAAAUUAAUAUGUGCUGUAAAAAAGUCUGCUGAACUUGUAUCAUCAUUUAAAGAAGUUGAUAAUGAUCACAGUAGUCUGACGGAAAAAGAAGUUAAUGACAGUAACUCCAGAAACCAUGAAGAUGUAAUUGCAGUGAUACCAGAAGCAUCGAUACCUAUAAUUCAAGCAUCAGUAGAUAAAAAUACAACACAUAAUCAACAUCAAAAUUCCAAGGUUGGCUGUCAGUCAUCUCCAGUUCAGGAGAAUGUUUCUUCCAUCUCGAUGCAGGAGUCAUUGGUUUCAUCGUCACUUCAAUUAACCUCUUCAGUAUCAGUUACAUCUGCAUCUUCACCCAUUACAUUGGUUCGUUCCACAUCGUCAUCAGCUACAGUAAUGUCUCCUACAACUCAAUCACUGAUAUCUACAACUCAACAGAUGCCUUUCAAAAAAUCUGAUUUUUUGCCAGUGCCUGUAGUGUCAUUAGCUCCAAUUUCAUCACCAGAUGUAGCAACUCAAAACCCUACUGGAAAAUUAAAUUCUCCCUUACCUAACAUCUCUGGUCCUGUUCAACUUUGCCAAGACCCACAGACUGGACUCUUCCACAUUAUUCCAGUUACUGUACCAAUUUUUGGGGCAAUGAGUACCUUACAAUCUUCCUUAUCAUCAGAUAUUGUAAGACAGUCACUUUCACCAACUUACUCCAAUUACUCCUCAUCUCCAGCCUCUGUAUUUGCAACCUCUAACAGCAUAAGCACUUCUGUAAUUUCAUCAACAGGAUUGCCAACAACCUUUGUAGCUAAAACUGAUCUCACUGGUGUACAUUCUUCGGCAUUUCGUCCAAUUGAGCGACCUUCAAAUUUGGCAAAUAAUGUACCUCCAACCGUAGUUGCUGCAGAGAAUUCUGCCAUUCCAUGUAAAGCUGUUAAUACUGACAAGGAAAUUGAAAAGAAAAAUAUUACUAAAAAAGAUGGAAUUAAAAAGGAAUAUCGAAAAAAGAUUGAAAAGAAGCAUGGUGUUGCAUCAAAGUUGCCUCGAAUUCAAGCAACCAAUGGCACUGAUUCUGAAAGCAGUGAAUGUACUACAUACCAAGAUUCAGGUAGGUUGGCACGUAAUAAUGUUCGUAUGCCAAGGUACAUGAAAAGAACAGUGAAGUCAAAUCGUGUAGAUGUUUCCCAUGAUUUUGAAAAAACCCGUAGUAAAUCACAAGAUCGAAAACAAGGAAGAGAGCUUGAACAAAGCAAAUUACGAGACCGUUCCAAGUCUUUGGACCGUAAAACACAUGAGAAACUUCACAAACCUGAUGCACAGCCAUUAGCACAGCCUUGUCGAAAAUCAAAUCAAGAUGUACGAGGGAGAAAACGAAAUACAAAGACAGCUUCCAGUGUUGAUCCUCGAUCUCAUGUCGUAUUUGCUCUUAAGGAUGAUGUUGAUGAUACAAAGCCACUAGAUACUCUAAAUACAGCAGUUUCACCAACAUCUGUUUCAACGGUUUCACGCGAUAGUGGAGUGCAUUUAAGGUAUAGCCAUUCAAGUGGUGAAGACGUCACAGCAAAUCCGCUGAAAGAUGCGCUAGUUGCAAAUAAAGUGCUGAGGAAGGUUGUUAAAUUGGUGCGAAUAGCAUUUGCCUUUGAUGGCUAUUUGGAGAAUGGUGUUGAGGACCUACAGAUGGCUGAAUACAUUGUAUCACUUGCACAUUUGCGUUGGAUGACAUUUGCAAGUGCAAUAACAGAGAAGUUCUGUGACCUUUUUUGGGAGGAAGAUCUGAUAGAGAACCUUUAUGAAGCAGUAAAUGGAAGUGUGCCGGAGAAAUCACAAAGACCUCUUGCCAUGAGCCCCAGUAGACCAAGGCGCAAGACAGAACCAAUCACCUUGUCCCCUAGCAAUACACCUGACAAUUUAGACAGUGAUGAUAAUGUUUCGAUCAUUGAUGAUCUUCUCCCAGCUGACAAACCUGCAAGCAAAAGAGGAACAAAAGAGAACACAGCACUAAUGAGAUCUCAUGUUGUAGCUGAUACUAAAUUGUUCAGAGAACUAAUAGAAAAAAGAAAGGAGAGUAAGACAGUUCCAGGAAAAGAUGGAAGAAAACAAGUAAAAGAAAAGACUAAAAAAUUGAAGGAUCAGCAUGGAGUUAAUCCAAAGGAUCUAACAGAAAAAUUAAAUAAACUAGAAAAAAUUACCAAAGAUGGAGUAAAUAAGAAAGAUAUAGAAAGAAAAAACAAAAAUCCUAAAGUAUCUGAUAUAGACAACUACAUAAAAAAUCCAGUCGCUGCCCCAAGAAUAAAGAAAAGAAAUAAAAUGGAUACUUUAAACAGUGAUAACUUGCAAAGUUCAAUAGUAGCUAUUUCAGAAAAGGGACAAAAAUCUGGGAGCUCAAGUAAGUCUAAUAAAGCAGUAAAAAAUGAACAGAGACCUUCAACCAAAAGUAAUUCAUUGGAUUGUAGUCACCAUGAAGCUGAACUCAGCAACUCCAGGAGUAGUAUUGCCAGUGGCUCUUCUUCUCAUGGAUCUUUAUCAAAAAGUCUGGAUGAUGAUCGGUCCAGUGACAUGUAUGCUGUUAUUGGUAAGUCAAUGAGCAGUGCUGCCAGUGUGAGAUCAGUACAGUCUUGGGAUACUUCAGGAAGUAAUGAACCUGGAAGUGGUGAAGAACAAAUUAUACAGACUCACAGAAAGCCAAAGAUGCUGGCACCAUCAUUACCAAAUCCAACAACUCUUGCAAGGCACAGUUCUGAAUCUAGUUCAGGAUCAGGUUCUGCAACUAGGCAUAAACUGAAGUCAAUGUUAAACCAAAAGCUCACUCAUGCUAGCAGUUCUCUAUCUCUGAACAGCACAUCUUCUGGGGUUUCAAUUAACCCUCAAUCUAUUGGAGCAUCAAAAGAAGAUUCAAUUUUAUCAUUUCCAAGCUCCUUGUCAGGAUCUAUUGGAGAUGAUCAAAACAUUCUUUUGAAUGCUGGUGUGAUGUAUAAAGAAAUUGAUCCACAGGUUGAGGAUUACACAAACAAACUGGUUGUAAAUUGUGAAACACAACAAGGAAUUGAGGCAAAGAUACGGGUUAUUGAUCAGGAGCUUAUGAUGGAAAGGAAGAUGAGAUCAAAGUCACAGAGGUUUUAUCAGAAGAUGAUUGAAGCUCAACAAUUAAAAGCAUUUCCAAGAUUAGAACCUGCUCUCAACGACCUUUUAGCCUCACUCGCUCAGAAUGUUCCUGUCCUCAGCCAGAUUAUUAAACCAUCAGGCACAGAUCACAAGAGUAUGGUGCUGAAAGUUGGCAAGCAGAUAGAUGAGAUGACAGCUAAAGUCGACUUCCUAGAAUCUGCCAAGCGCAACCUGGAGAUGCUGUAUUCAGAGCAAUGGGGCUUGGACCAUGCCUUACUUUACUCAUUUGCAACAAGCAUGGGACAAGAACCAAUGUAUCUGCAUCCAAGCCCAGAGGAAUGUCCGUUGCUGUCGUUCCAUUACGUAAAAUCAAGCUGCAUGUUACAGGCAGGGGAACCACUUGGUCUUUUCUCCUACCUCUUUGCCAGACAAGCUCUUCUUGAAGGCUACAUACAUCAUUUCUUUUCUACAUACCACUACUAUGCAACAACUGAAGAAGUUUACAAAUUCAUCGUAGACAAAUUCUGUGCUGCUAGAAGUAUGAGUUCAGCUCAAGCAGAGAGCAGGACUAAGAUUUUAUGUCGUACUAUUGAUAUCAUAUUAGUAUGGAUUGAAAAUUAUUACACUGUUGACUUCAGACCAAACUUGCAACUUGUCAAUCAGCUGUCAGAAUUCAUCAGAGAAAAGAUAAUGCCAGUAGAUGCUCAAGGGGAGUGUUUGCUAAAACUUUUAGAGAAGCGGCAACAAGAGAAGGAAGAGGAUAAGUUGCUGGAAACAUUAUCUGAAUACAGAGAACGUGGAAGCCAUGAUAAACCAAAAAAGAGGUACUCUAUUCGGGAAGUAUUGAGCGUUCCCACUCGUGCUCUACGUAAGGAGAAGAUGCGUGGUGGAAUCAUAUCCUGUUUAUCACCCCCUAAAAAGGAACCACAGCCCAGAGCAGAGUCUAUUUACAUGCCAGUCCAACCUAUUGACAAGGGUUUCAUGAUGAGUGAAUACACAGCACAAACGCUGGCAUGUCAGCUAACACUUAUGCAACAGGAAUUGUUCCGGAAGGUUCAUCCAGUUCACUACCUCAACUCUCGUUACCAUGGCAUUGGUGUCAGUAUGGAAACAGAUGUCUCGUUAGCAUCAUCCGCUCUGUCUCGUGUUGAUGACAGGGAGGAACAGGACUAUCCAAGUCUGUUUGUCAACACGUUGGGAGAUGAGGGACUUGUUCAUAUUCUGUUACAGCAUGCUCGUGAGGUCUCGCAUUGGGUUGCAGCUGAGGUCGUCACAUCAAGUAGUCCAAAGUACCAAAUAGCUAUACUCUGCAAGUUCAUCACUAUAGCAAGAGAGUGCUAUGAUACGAGGAACCUGGCAACCUGUGUUCAGAUAAUUGAUGCUCUGGACAGCUUGAUAGUCAGACAAGUUCCUGCCUGGCGGAGUCUUCCCAGUAAGAUUGCAAGCAGCUUUGAGAAGCUGAAGGCUGCCAAAAUUGUUUUGAAGGGGGAUGGUGAAAGCUUGACCCAAGGAAACAGUCACCAUGACAAGCCUACUCUGCCUUGCUCACUAUUUUUACUGAUGCAUCUGCAACAAAGUGAAGUCGGUGGUUUUACCCUUGCCAAUGGCAUGUACAAAUGGACCAAAAUGAAAUGCAUCGCUAAACUUGUAGACCAGAUCCGAAUUUUCCAGGAGCAUGCUUUCACAUUUGAACCUGAUAAUGAACUGCAGCACUUGCUACGGCAACGCAUCCUUCAAAUGAGUGACCAUGACAUACACUCAUUGGCCGCUCAGUACUCUGCCAAUUUCCAUCAGCUAGCCUCAGAGCAAAACUCAAGGCGUUUCAAAAUUGCAUUGAAAAAAGUUAAAACAACAUUACAAUAAAGACCUAAAGAAAAAUUUAUUAAUUUCUAUCCCUUGUUGUGCAUUUGCUUGUGGCUUUGAGUAAGCACUUUACCUGCAUUGCUUCUCUACGCCCAGGAGGUACAAUGACCAGGGACAAAAGUGUUGGUAUCUGCAAAGAAAAGUAAAAUAUAAAUAAAAUCUUAAUAAAAAAACUGUGCAGCAGUUUCCCAUUUCUAAAGAGCUAAUAUUGAGGGUAUAUUAUAUUGGAUAAUACAAUGAAAUGCACACAAAUUAAUUAAAAAGGGUUGUUUUUGCAUUGGAAAAAUUAAAACAGCAUUUAAAGAUGUUUUUGGACGGUUUUGGAAACCUUCUCUCCCCUCCAACCCACUUCCCGCCCCCAACUGAAUAAGGAUGUUUACACAGACACUGUUGUUAAAGUGAUGUAAAUAGACAUUAUUUAUGAUGAAAAUUUUUAUAAUAUAGUAAUAGAAAAUAUAUUUAUGUCAAUAUAUAAACACUUUUAGUUUAAAACUUGUGUGUGACUAUAGAUUUAUCAUGAUUUGUUUUAAUGUAUACACAUUUCUACUUAAAUGUAAAUUGUAUGAAAUAUGUACAGAAAGAAUGUCUUGAAUAAAUUUGUAUUAAUUGGUCAUAUA